AGGAGGGCAGACGUUAGAACAACGUCACACGAGACUUCCCGGAACUCCCCGUUCGUCCCGGUUCCAAGCUGAACGCUCCCAACGUGAAACCGUCCCGAGGAGGAGACGAGGAGGCUUCCCGCUGACCGCCGAAUGGAGCACCUCGCGCAGCAGGAGGCCUUUCGCUUACCCGCGCAGGACUCGGUUGAGGGAACCAGCCGUCCUUCCUUCACUGUGACCCCCCCGCCCCUCCACAGAAGCAAUCUUUGUGCCGAGUGUCAUUACGAGAUGUUGUCUCCGAGCGCCUCCUUCGUGCAAAUCAAGUUCGCCGACGUCCUCUUCUACGAGAACUGCGGCGGCGGCAGCUUCGGGAGUGUGUACCGAGCCAGGUGGAUCUCCCAGGAUAAAGAGGUGGCGGUGAAGAAACUGCUCAAGAUUGAAAAUGAGGCUGAAAUCCUCAGCGUGCUCAGCCACCGCAACAUCAUACAGUUCUAUGGCGCCAUCGUGGAGGCUCCCAACUAUGGAAUCGUCACAGAGUACGCCAGCGGCGGAUCGCUGUAUGAUUACCUGUCCAGUGCUGAGAGUGAGGAAAUGGACAUGGGGCAGAUAAUGACGUGGGCUGCAGAGAUCGCCAGAGGAAUGCACUAUUUACAUUCAGAGGCCCCUGUUAAGGUGAUCCACAGAGACCUGAAGUCCAGGAACGUUGUUGUGUCAGGAGACAAGGUUCUCAAGAUCUGUGAUUUUGGGGCAUCCAAAUUCCUGACCCACACGACACACAUGUCCUUGGUGGGCACGUUUCCCUGGAUGGCCCCCGAGGUGAUCCAGAGCCUGCCUGUGUCUGAGACGUGUGACACUUUCUCCUACGGAGUGGUGCUCUGGGAAAUGCUCACUCGUGAGAUACCCUUCAAAGGUCUGGAAGGUCUACAAGUGGCCUGGCUCGUGGUGGAGAAGAAUGAGAGGUUGACCAUCCCGAGCGGUUGUCCCGCCAGCUUCGCCGAGCUCAUGAGGAACUGCUGGGCAGCGGAGCCCAAGGAAAGGCCAAUGUUCAAGCAGAUCCUCUCUACUUUGGAUUCCAUGUCUAACGACAGCCAACUUCCUCAACAGUGCAACUCUUUCCUUCACAACAAGGCUGAAUGGAGGUGUGAGAUCGAAGCUACGCUUGAGAGGCUUAAGAAGCUGGAGAGAGACCUGAGCACCAAAGAGCAGGAGCUGAAGGAGCGAGAACACCGCCUAAAGAUGUGGGAGCACAAACUCAUCGAACAGUCCAACAGCCCGCUCCUCUUACCUAUGGCUAAAAAAAUAAGUGCUAUGUCAAGAAGGCAAACAGUUCCGGUAACGAGGAGGGGAAUCUGCGGGCCGGGACGAAGGGCUUUGGGGACAUGUUUUCCAUGGACUUUGGCCCGGCCUGUCCUGCAUGCAGGUCAACAUCUAGGCCAGGCAGAAGUCUUCUGCGUCCAGCCGUGUCAGAGAGGGACAGAAAAUCGCCAUGACUUUUGAAAUGGGACGACGGUGAAUAAAAGCCCUCCGGCGCUGCACAGAUGAUCCUCAAAUGUGAUCUCACCUGAUGCUCUAAGGCCUUUGUGGGAGCAAUAUUUCAUAAUGAACUACUUGUUAAGUCAAGAUUUUUUGGAUCAUUUCAAUUAUCAUGCGAAACACCAGAAAACCUUUAUUGGCUUAUUAUUAUUAUUAUUAUUAUUCUGUGUUCAAGUUGUAUUCAGAAAUAACUCAAUGUAGCUCAGAAAGGCAAUUCAGAAUAAAUCUGUCCCUCCGCCUAUGCAUAUUACGGAUGUCCUUUAGCAUGCGUCUAAUGUACUGGAUGUAUAGCGCCAUGCUGUGAAGAAAGAGCCACAUGAGCCAGUUGCUUAGAGAGGCUCAGGCUUUUAUGAUGAAGUGACAUUUUGCUGACAUUAAGAUUGGCCAAUUUGUUCCGGAUGUGUUGGAGUGCAGUUGUUGAGACGCAGUCUCUUACCAGGACGAGAACGUAUUUUUAUUUUUUUUUCCUCUGUCUGACCCCGGUUCAAAACAGCAGGAGAAAGGACGUGGCUGUACGACUUUCAGCUUUAUUGCUCAUUUUUACGUUUUACUUUUAACGCCUUCUUGCGCCUUACAGGAUUAACAAAAAUUGAAGAAAUAAGUCAUUAAAUAACAACGUCUCUGCGCUAAAAUGCAUAAUUCAAAAGUCCCGUAUCUGACCAUACAGAGAAUCAUUUCCUUCUGUAGACAUACGGAUAUUCACACCAAACUGAAUAUUCGCCUAAAGACUUCAUAGUGGAGCAAAUCGUAUCAGCAUUAGUGUUCAAGUAGGUAUUAGGCCUCAUCUGGGGGAAGGACACGCUUCCUUGAGCGUAGCACAUUAAAUUGUCCCAUUCACUUGUUAUCAUCAGUCAGUCUCAUGAGGAUUCAAUCCCCUGUAUUUCCGUGUUGUUGCUUGUUAGCGUCCUGCCGUGAGCCAAUACUCAAACAUCGCCGGUACUCCUGUGCCUUCGGGCCCCGCGCACACCGGACUAUUCGUAACAAUUAACACAGAUGCAUGCAGCUCAGAAGCAUUCAGCCUCCACACUUGUUAGUAAUCUCAUCGGGCGUCUCGCAGAAUUACACGACCAGCAGCUUCUUGAUGCGUCUUAUUUUCCUGCAUCCCUCCUUAACUCUUCGCUGAUCUGUUCCACGAGCAUUAUGUUCUAUUAGUGCUGUUAUUACAGAACCCUUUAUGAUAAAAGGCAGAACAGAGCGUGACUGACUGCAUUUUUAAUCAGAUUGGUUUCACGUUGAGCUGCUUCUUGUGAGGUUAACUUCAUGCCACUUUGCAACUCCCAGUGUUCAAGGUCCGGUUACUCAUCAUCCACUUAUUCCACAUGGGGGCAGAAUUGUGUGAACUAAACCAAAGUCUUUUGUUGUUGUUUUGUUUUUUUCCCGUUGAUAUGUCACGAACACAAAAGCCGCGCUCCCCAUUUCGAAUUGGAGAUAAAGCCCAGAGAAAGAACCACGGCAGCACAUUUGUGAACGAACAAUAUGCCGCUUGAAAAGAGCCGUUAAGUCACUCCAACAGAACUUUGGCAGCCGCAGAGUGUUUCUGAAUCUGUUUACUUCCGAACCGCAGCACUGGAGGAGGCGGAAAGCGCUGCAGUGCCGGGGGGGGGGGCACUGAAAUGUAUGGCAACGACCGUCUAUUGAGACCGGCAUUCAGUUCAUAACCUGAGCUGUUAUCAGAUGUGAAUAGGGGAUUAUUCAUUCAUUUAGUCAUCUUUCCUCCAAUUUUUCCAUGGCGUUAUUUCUGUCAUUACCCACCAGUCUCAUGAUCACAAUGAUGAAAUCUUUAUUUUGGCUGGCAAGUUUCUGCCUGAUUACAUUUAAUGAGCAAUAAAUGAUUUAUCAUUCAGACGCAUUGCGUCAGAUCAGUCA